AGGAAGUAUCCCUUUAUGAGUCAACUAUCGCUCGAAACAGAAGCUCAGUGGAUAGACACUGCAGCCGUGUCCUCAGAUAAUCUUACUGCCUAUGUGGCACAGACUCUCGGCAGCAGUAAAAUGCCAUCGCCAGCCACGGAACCUCCUCUUCCGGUAACCGCGACACCACCAGAAGAAAUUGUUGACACCUCUGGACUAACCUCCUCUACCAACGUCGUCCUUCUUCCACCUGGUCCGGUUGUUCAGCUUCCCGACUGCAGAUGUCAGAAUCUUUUACCACCCAAUGCAGCAACUCUGCAGGCCUUCAAAACCCUCCUUGUUUGGGCGUCGAAGAUGCCGAAGGAUACGGAACAGUUACCGGAACUCUUUUUACGCAAUCGCAAGAAUCUGGAACCAACAUCAUCUCUGAGCGAAGGAAGCGUUCUUCUGCCCGCCCCGAAACAUGUAAAUUCUAUUUUUAUUGUAUACACUGGAGCGUGUUACACCUGGUAUGAUUUCUAA